CGCAGGCGCCGCCCAGAAGUGACUUCUCCAAAAAGUGUCUUAGUUCACAGUCACCUGAGCUCGGGACGACUCGGCGGCGGAAGGCUUUGCGGAUACCGCCCUCUGCGGGUCCUGCCUGGAGACCCCGCCCUCCUCUCCUGCCCCUCGGCUCCGGCACUCCGAACCCUCCUCCUACUCUACUGCCUGCCCUUUCCCUCCUGUCCUUUCCCAGCCGCGGGCCGGACCGGGCCGAGCCGGGCCACCCGGGCGCGGUCCCCGACCAUGGCGUCCCUCUUCAAGAAGAAAACCGUGGACGAUGUAAUAAAGGAACAGAAUCGAGAGUUACGAUGUACACAGAGGGCUAUAAGCAGAGAUCGAGCAGCAUUAGAGAAACAAGAAAAACAGCUGGAGUUAGAAAUUAAGAAAAUGGCCAAAAUUGGUAAUAAAGACGCUUGCAGAGUUUUAGCCAAACAGCUUGUACAUCUGCGGAAACAGAAAACAAGAACUUUUGCUGUAAGUUCAAAAGUCACUUCUAUGUCCACACAAACAAAAGUGAUGAAUUCCCAGAUGAAGAUGGCUGGAGCAAUGUCUACUACAGCAAAAACAAUGCAGGCAGUUAACAAGAAGGUGGACCCACAAAAAACAUUACAAACAAUGCAGAAUUUCCAGAAGGAAAAUAUGAAAAUGGAAAUGACUGAAGAAAUGAUCAAUGACACACUUGAUGACAUCUUUGAUGGCUCUGAUGAUGAAGAAGAAAGCCAAGAUAUUGUGAACCAAGUUCUUGAUGAGAUUGGAAUUGAAAUCUCUGGAAAGAUGGCCAAAGCUCCGUCAGCAGCCCGAAGCUUACCAUCUGCCUCUACUUCAAAAGCUACAAUCUCUGAUGAAGAGAUUGAACGGCAACUCAAAGCUUUAGGAGUAGAUUAGUCAAAAAAGCCAUAAUAUUUUGCUUAUAUUUAGUAUAAACCAGGCACAUUGCAGAUUCCUUUUACAAAACACAUUUAUUUUG